AUGCCCGAUCCAAUCGGAAAUGACGCGGUUGGGGGAAUGACUGAGAAUGUCACUGGGGAAAUCAAAAAUCCCCUGGCCGGAAUCCCCAACGGUCAGCUUAUGGCGAAUGUGACCGCGUAUGCUACCGAAUACGACCUUGAGGAUAUCUUACCCCUCUUGAAGAAAGGUGCUAUGGUAGCUCAGUCCCCAGCGGGAAUUGAAGGAAUCUCUGAACUCGAUGAUGAUGACCGCCGUGUUCUCUACGAGGAGCACACUCGGCGCUGGAAACAACCAUUUGCGUUGUAUUACACCGUCGUUCUAAACUCGAUUUCGGCAGCUAUUCAGGGCUGGGAUCAGACUGGUUCGAACGGUGCUAAUCUGACCUUUGAUGUCCAAUUUGGCAUUCCGAAUAACUCGCCUCAAUGUCCUGAUCCGGAGACUUGCAAGCGUAACCAGUGGAUUGUCGGUUUUAUCAAUGCCACCCCAUACAUCACGAUCUGUCUACUUGUUGCUUGGCUUUCUGAUCCCCUGAAUCAUAUUCUCGGCCGUCGUGGCACAAUCUUCCUGGCCGCAAUCUUCAGUCUCCUAUCCCCCUGGGCUCCAGUCUCACUCAGCAUUGGGGAAGUCACCGUCCCGGUUUACUCGGCUGAAAACGCACCUACAAAUAUCCGUGGUGGCCUAGUCAUGUCAUGGCAGCUUUGGACGGCCUUUGGAAUCUUCCUCGGAACGUGCGCGAACCUCAUUGUGGCUAACACCGGUCAUAUUUCUUGGCGACUACAGCUAGGCUCUGCCUUUAUUCCAGCUGUGCCAUUGCUUCUUGGCAUCUGGUUUUGCCCCGAGUCUCCACGAUGGCUGAUGACCAAAAAAAACCACAAGAAAGCCUUUGCGUCUCUUCUCAAACUGCGCAAUAGCCCUCUACAGGCUGCCAGGGACCUGUAUCGGAUUCAUGCCCAGCUGGAGAUGGAGAAGCAUUUGAUUACAGAGUCGGGUUUCUCGAAGAGUGACAACAUGUUCGUUCGUUUUGUGGAAUUGUUUACGGUUCCCCGUCUGCGUCGUGCCGUUCAAGCAUCGGGCAUUGUGAUGAUCGCCCAGCAGAUGUGCGGAAUCAAUAUCAUCUCGUUCUACUCCUCAACUAUCUUUCAACUGGCCGGCGCUUCCAACAUCGAAGCACUUCUUGCAUCAUUCGGGUUCGGUCUCAUCAAUUUUGUGUUCGCCUGGCCCGCCGUGUGGACGAUUGAUACCUUUGGCAGACGAGGGUUGCUACUUUUCACCUUCCCACAGAUGUGUUGGACACUUCUCGCAGCCGGGUUCUGUUUCUGGAUCCCCACAAGCAGUAACGCGCACAUUGGCUUGAUCGCAUUCUUCGUCUACCUCUUCGAUGCAUUCUAUUCCCCCGGUGAAGGACCUGUUCCGUUCACCUACUCUGCCGAGGUGUUUCCGUUGUCUCACCGUGAAGUUGGAAUGGCUUGGGCGGUUGCAACCAACAACUUCUGGGCUUCUGUUAUCUCGCUGACUUUCCCAUGGAUGUUGCGAGCAUUUACCCCGCAGGGUGCCUUUGGAUUCUAUGCCGGAUUAAAUCUCAUUGCAUUUGCUAUGAUAUUCUUCUUCAUGCCAGAAACCAUGCAGCGCUCGCUCGAGGAGUUGGACUAUGUGUUUGGCGUCCCGACCCGAACUCAUGCCAAAUACCAGCUCACUAAGGUUCUCCCGUGGUGGAUUAAGAGGUAUAUCCUCAUGCGCAAAGAUGCGAUCUGCCCCGAGCUUUACCAGGUCACCCAAGAUUAUGUCGCAGCCCCCGGAACCGUUGGUGUUUCAGAGAAGCACGCGAUGGCUGAUGAGAAUGAGCGUCACGCUGAACACGUUUAA